CAAAAAUGGUGGCGGCCGUUUUAUGGAAAUGUUGACAUUUUUUUGUAUCUUUUAAAUUGUAUAAUCUAGGAUUCGUUUAAAUUUAGUUUUCGUGUUUGAGUAUUGCAGUAAUUUAAGAGCUGUUACUCGCAAAGAGACCUGUCUUGAAGCUGUUUAAUGUGACUGAAUUUGUCAACGUAAAGCAAGUUGACUUGUAUUUUCAGUUAUUAUGCAGUCAAAGGCAAUGAGAUCUGCCAGAGUUUCCAAGCAGACUUUGGUCGCUGCAGCCAAGAUUAAACACAGACUAAACAACUCUUCCUUUUUCAAGAGCACCCUGAAGACCAACAACAAGGCCCUGGCUCUCUCUUUGCAGGCCGAAAAGAAGAAGUGCACACUACUUGAGAAGGAGCUUGUUGACCUGAGAAAGAGGGAAGUGGCCUGUUCCUUUGAUUUUGCCGCCAAGAAUUACAAGUACAGGAAACUGCUCCUCAUUUUGAAAAACCUCUACAGCGACACUUUCAAGCACUUAAACUUGAUGGCUGAAUUAUUCCCUGAAAUUGUUGUCCCUGAAACACCUGAGGACCAUAACGUUCAUCCUAUUGAAGGCGAUGACCUUCCAGAUGAAAUCCCUGCAAAUGUGGCACCAGCUCUUACAGAGGUCGUCAAGGAUUCCACCGAACUCUGUCCGGAAUUCCAAAAAGGUGUUCUUGAAAACAGCAUGCCUGCAGUCUUACCGAUCCAGAGCCGAAAGUCUACUAUUUGCAACGCAAUCAGACUGACAGAGAAGGAGACGUAUAAUGAGAAAAGGCAUUCAAAUCAGCAGGCACUCCAGAUGGAGUCAGCCCACCAGUCCAACAUCUUAAGGGAGGACUUGAGGAGGUUUUCUCAAUUCUGCUAUGACAGCAACUCUAUGGCAUCCCCUCAACAGAGCUUGCAAACAUCCUCAGCUCUUGGUAUUGCUUCCUUAACAGAAGUCAACGCGCCGUGUAAUUCUGCUGCAGUUGUUCCAGAGAACACUGUGGUCUUCAAUACAACAAUGGAGAUGACUCAGAGUAAUGACACUGAAAUUGUUACCCAUCUUCCCACAGGGGGAAAAACACAACAGAAACAGAAACGCAACAAGAAAAAGGAAUGUAACAAGGUUGAGUCAAGCCUAGCAGAUUCUUCACAAGGGAUGGCCAGAGCAGAUUCUAGUGUUGGGGAGAUAAAGCUUGGUUCUUGUGAGACCAUGUCCCAUACAGAAGACCAGGAACAAGAACAUACUAACAGCAAUUUCAAAGCCAAGUCUCAGCCUAAAAUCAGAUCACGUAUUCCCAAAAUGGUUAAAUCCAGAGUUGGCAGCCAUCAAACGGUAAAAAUUUCACAAACAACGGAGAAUUCUAGUCAUUUUUUCUCUUCUAUCUUAGAUGAUCAUUUCAUAGGUCAGAACAUUUUUGCCUCAAAACCCAACGAGAAUGCCUUACCUGCAGAAGAAUGCUUAGGGGAAAAAAGGAAAUCCAGAAAGAAAAGUCGAAGGAGAACCUUGAUUGCUAGUAUGAUUUCAGUGUUGCCACCUCAUGACACAGAGAAUGUAAGGUCCACAGUGGAAAACAAUGAGGAAACAGCUAAUUUUGGACCUAUAGAGUUGGAGGAACCAAGCCCUCCUAAUGUUGGAAGUGAACCACAGAUGAACCCUAAGAUUUCAGCCAAAUCUGGAGGAUAUUCUAAGUCAAGGCACAGAAGUACAUAUGUUAUCUCUAAGGCUCAUGUCAAAGAAAAUGCAGAACUGUUGUUGAAAGAUAAAGAUUCCAUCCAGGCUGUAGAAGAAUGCUCUGAUUGUUCUCUAAGGAAUGUCACGGCAGCACCAAGAUCCUACAAGCGUUCUUUGGUAGCCAGCCAGGAUCCAGAAAGCCUUCCAGUGGACCUCCAUUGUAGUGUUAAACAAGGCAACAUACCUACGUUGCAGCAAUUUCCGGUUGCAGAUUAUGAGUGUCAGAAGCCGAAAAAAGUGAGGCAGAAAUUCUCAAGCAGAUCUAGACGGAAGAAAGCUCAACACUGUAACAUCUCUGAUGUUAAUGCUAUGGACAAGAAGAACAAACCACGGCAUGACAAUGCUGAUUCUCCUGAACAUGAAGAGGUUUGCUUUCUGUAUCCCACAGACUCCCAUUUUGUGGAUGAGUUUUCAUUUUUGAAUGAUCCUGAUGUCCAAUACAAUGAAGAUGGCAAAUUUAAGUCAAAAUCAAGGUUGAAUAAAAAUUCUAUAUGGUACCGAAAGACGUCCAGAUUGCCUUCAACAGACGAUGGCACCAGUAAUCUGGAACAGAUUUUGGACAUUUCCAGUUAGGUAACGCAAGCCCAGUCCCCUAUGAACCUGACUAUGCAUAAUGAGAUGGAAAGGGUUUGGGCAGGUGAAGCAAUUCGUCAACCUUUGGGUGAUCUGCCUACUGUUGAGAUGCCGCAGUGGUUGAACCGCUCGCUUGCUGACACAGAGCCAGGCUCUUUGACCUGUACUCCCAAGCAACGCACUUGGAGCGGCUUACAAGAGAAGACUGCUUUGGUCACCCCUGAAUCCUCUCCAGAAAGAGUCUUAACAUCGCUAGACAACACCAUUGCCACAAUCGAUCAAGAGAACCAAGGGAGGAGCAGGAGGCAGAGAGGUGUGGUCAGUUACAAGGAGCCAUCCCUGGUAAGCAAAAUACGGCGUGGUGACAAAUUCACAGACACAAAGUUCCUGAAUUCGCCAGUCUUUAAAGACAAGAGGAAGAGGAAGAAGUAGUCUCAAGCGUCCAUUUGCAGAUAUAAUUUGUGUUUUUCUUUUUUUAUGUGGUCUUUAAUGCACUUUUACUAAGAUUAAUAAACAUGUUUUACUAGUUUAUGUCACAACUUGGGGUGCAAAGUUUCUGUUAAUAUUGACCUGGCUCCACUGUUAGAAUGGGACUUAAACCUGGUGACUUUAAAACAUUAAAGUCCAAAAAA